AUUUAAUUUUGCCCCAGGAUUAUGCCCAUCCUGCCUCUGUCAGGAAGAGAGAUCUGGACCACCUACAACCAGGCAUCCACAGAACAUCACACCAGUUCACUACUCUGACUGCAUGCCAUUCGAGCGAGAUUAGGGAGAAAUGGCUGGCAUGUUGGAAGCCUUGGUAAGAAACAUGCAUUGCAUCCUUGGAGACGUGCCUGUGAAGAUUCAAGGAUCUGCUGCAUGAGAAGAGCUUGGAGUGCCCCAGGACAUGCACAUCCAAAGGAAAAGAUGAAUUAUCACAAUUUGCACCUCCCGUGGCAAAGAAGGAAGCAUGACACCUGCAGGUCAGUGGAGAUGAGUGGACAAGACCCUCUCAGCCUCUUGGAUCUUGCAGCACAGAGCCUCCUGAAUGAUGAGGACUCAGCUGUCCGUGCCCUGGAGAAGCUCCCUGUGGGCCUCUUCCCAGCACUGUCCACGGCAGCUUUUGAUGGGGGACACACGAAGACUGUGACAGCAAUGGUGCAGGCCUGGCCUUUCCCCUGCCUCCGUCUUGGAUCGUUAAGAGAUCAGUCAAUAACUCAAGACCUCUUGGAAGCUGUCCUAGAUGGGCUGGAAUUGGUUCCUACCAGUGUUACUUGCCCCAGGAGAUCGAAGCUGAAGGUGCUGGAUUUUACCCAUGACUUUGAGCACUCCAACUGGGAGGAGUGCUCUGAGAUGACUCCUGCUCCCUUUGUCAUCACACACAUGCUGGAAGAGCCGGAGGCAGACCCGCUGGCGCCCGAUUCCAAAGAACAGCCUCCGCAUCACCGAGAACCUGUGGAAAUCCACACAGACCUUUUCCUCGGCGGUUUGUUCGGCUUCUUCCACCUGUCGGGGUUCCCCUCGUACAUACUGCAGAGAGUUGAGAAGAGCCAUGGCUAUCUGCGCCUCCGCUGUCGGACCCUGGUCAUCAACCAGGUGCCGUUGCGCAGCCUCGUCGAGAUCCUGGGAAUGCUGGAGCUGGAGACCAUCCGAGAGGUGAGGCUUCAUCACAGGAGCAGGUUCUGCUUCCGGUCGGACCUGAUCCAGUUCUUCACCCACGUAGGGCAGAUGAGCAACCUGGGCCACCUCGUCCUGAACGACAUCCCCUGGGAUUUCCCUGCAGACUGUUUCUCCUUGCUGAGUCCACUGGGCCACCUCCAGAAGCUCCAUCUCAUCUUUGGCUGUCUCUCAGGCCAGCUACAGAAGAUGCUGAGUGGCCUGCAAAAACCACUAGAGACACUGGUGAUUAAUGGAUGUAGGCUUACUGAGAAUGACAUCACUUACUUGUCCCAGAGCAUUCAUGCCACCCACCUGAAGGAGUUGGUCCUCUGUGGCAAUAAUCUAUCCCAGAUGGUUCCUGGGCCCCUCGAGGUUCUGCUGGGGGAGGUCUCAGGCACUCUGCAGCACCUGAACUUGAGAAGCUGCCGGCUGAAGGAAGCCCAGCUCCGAGCCCUGCUGCCUGCCCUGUGCUGCUGCUCCCGCCUCCGCUCUCUGGUGUUCUACGACAAUGUCAUUUCCACCUCAGGCAUCAUGAACGUGCUGCAGCACUUAGCGGGGCUGAAGGAGCUGAAGCGUGUGCAGUACCCUGUCCCUGCUGAGUGUGUUGUGUACUUGGAUGAAUACAGGUGGGGGAACCUCAACAGAGUGGAGCUCGCCCGCGUGCAUGCCAAGUUGCAGGAAAUGUUGCAGGCACUGCAGCGGGCCGACAUGGAGUUGACUAACUCGACCUCAGUGGCCUGACUUAAUGAGAAUGCACAGCUGACCUGAUGGGAAAGAGGGGCAGCUGUGGAUCCUGGAGCUGUGGCAGUGGAUUUCCCGAGGGAUGGUGUGGCUUUGAAGAAAACUAUGAAAACAAGAGAAAACACAACAAACGCUGUGGUGGGGACUCCUAUUUCUGGAUCCAACUGGGGCUCCCUUACUCAUUACAUCGACAAGCACCGGUCAAAAAUCGAUCCUGCAGGUGCUGUUUUAGUGCUGGAUAUAAAAAGAGAGAGUCUCCCA